AUGACAGAAAUACGUACUUUUGAAAUUAGAUAUUUUUCGCUUGUGAAUGAGAAGGGCACGACAACUGCAACACAAUACACAACCAUGACACAACUGGUGCGCGAAAGAGUCUACAAAUUCUUGUCGAUAGAUAAUAUGCAAGCAUAUACUGAGUCGAAUCCAAAUGAUAACACCUCGAGCAAAUCUCAUUACGUGAAAAUCACCGCAAAAGCAGGUGAAGUUUUCCGCUUAUUGGCUGGGUUUGAAGAUGGAUCACAAGACAGCAAAAGCUAUGCAUCACCCAAAAAAGACAAUUUGAAUAGCAUUGGCCGUGAAAAAGAAAAAGGUCGUUACGUUCAAUUGAUGUCGGAAAAUCGACAGAUAAUUUUCGUCUCACUUUCAACAAAAGGAAAAUUUUACGAGAUCGAACAUAGCAGCGUCCCACAAAUGUUAACAAAGCACAAUAACAAUAUCAAUAAAACGAAGCCAUUAAAUGCCGAUUGCGUUCAUCGCAUCAGUAGCAUCAUCAAGGACGACGCUAUAUUUCCGAUUAAUUUGAAAUUUAUUUCAAAGCACAGCAGUGGAUUGAUGCAAAGUGGAAGCAUUCCAGAACAUAUUAGAAUUACUAGAGUUUCAAUUGAAAAUUCCGUCAUCGCAUGUCCAAUUGAUGAAGCUGAAUUUUGUAAUCCACUUCAUCUUGUUAAACUUUAUCUUCAUCCCGAAAUGAAGUUUAUAAAAUGUUCAUUGGGCUUUGAAAGCGAGAAAGUUAUGUUCUCGAAUCAAAAUGUUCAGAAUUUAUUGAAAUUCUGUCAGUUUAAUUGUGAUAAUUUCAUGCGGGCCAUUGAGUACGAAACACUUCCGAAAGAGAGCAUAACGAAGUCAACUGAUAAUCUUUCGAGUCUUGGAAAAGUCAAGGCGAAAGCUCCAUCGGCUUUCUCAAAGUUCUUCAGCAGUGAAAAAAAUUCCUCGGCACACGAGCGUGAAGAUUCCAUAAUUUUCUUGUCUAAAAACGAUUUGGAGAACAUGGAACAGCAAAAACAGUUGACUCAAGAAAGCGAUAAAAUGAAACCUUUCCAGGCCAGUAAGAAGAGUUGGUUCAAAAAUUUGCGAAAUGGAUCGUCAAGUAACAACAACACGAAUUCAAACAGCAACAAAACCAACAAUUCAUUCAUAAACCUCAACAGUAACAGCAUGGAUCGUUAUCAAGAUAUGUCAAAAAUGAUACAAGAACGUUUUGGGACAAUCGAGAUCAAUGAACGUGGCGAGCCAUCAUCAACAACUAUUAAGUCAUCAUCAGAAAUCAGUUACGAUUUAAAUGAUCGCACCAACAGAGCGAUGCAAAAAUGUUUCUCUUUACAAAAUAUUGAACUCAAUUCAAUGGACAUGAGUAUGCAGGCACCGGAUUUGGUUGUGAAACAUCAAAGACAAAAUACAAACCGAAAUGCAUCCAACGACGAUAAAAUCGAAAAGGAUGAAACUUAUGUUAGUCAUACAAGUUCUUCAAAUGAUUCUGCAUUAAACAAUUCCGACCCAAACCAACCGAAGCAGAAAAGUUUCAUCACUGAAAAACUAUUUAACGAGUUUUAUGUCAAGACGAAGCAAUAUAGCAAAUCGUCUUCCAGCUUACAUCAGCUGCUUCAUUUUUCCGUUCCACAAAAGAUGAAUAUACGCGAAACGAGAAAGCGAUUAGAAAAAGUUGAAGACGAGAAACGACAAGAGCAAGAAGAAGAAUCACAUUCAGCUUUGUUGCAUCUUCAACUUCCACCACCGCCAUCAACUGAACCGCCGGAAAGCGAUAACGAACCUAACAACGAUGCAGUAUUUGGAGAUAAUGUUUCGAUCGUUACAGACGAUCUACCGUACUGCAGUGUUCGUGAUUCAAUUUUUCAGAAUAAUAAUGACAGAAGUGCGCCUCGUGAAACGCCAACCGAAAGUAUUUACGCUGAAAUUUGUGCCACACCGCCACCCGUUUCUUCCGAUACUUCAGAAGUAUCGUAUCGCGUGGAAAAGCCAAUGAGUGCCAGCAUUAAGAAGCAAAACGUUAGCAGCAUCCGUAUUUCGUUCGGACAUGAUUCAGUUCCAACAAUUUUAUCAAAUGGCUCUAACAUAAGCUAUAAUAAAUAAUCUCAUUCAACUUCAUUUAUUCUAAUCAUUCACCCCAGGAUACAUUUUGACACACAUACACGCCAUGUCGUGCACUAAAGAAAUGUUUAUUCUUUCUAAAUAGAUAAAUAUUUAUAUAUUAUCAAUCAAGUGCAAAUAUAUUUUAAUUUAUUUCGCUAUAAACAUUAUUAUCUCGAUACACUUUCAAUUUAUCUACUUAGCUACUUAAAAGUAUGGGAUGUGCCUUAAUACUUUUAUUCAAAGUUCUCAGCAAACUUUUCUUCUUUUUUCAUUUUAAAUUUGUGGAAUAAACUCAUAUGGAUAUGAAUUAUAAUGGCAUCAAAGUUCAAAUUCCUUUCAUUUGGAAAAGGUUUGAGUAGCAAUUGAUUUAUCAUCUAUUUUAACUUACUGAAUUCAAUUCACUGGUUGUUACAUUACAUGAAUAAAUGGAUCACCAUGAAAGAGAUAAACGCACAUAAUGACACGAUCAUGGAAGUUAAAAAGAUGAAAUAAAAUUCUUAGAAUUACUUAUUAAGCUUAGCUUAACAUAGAUAUAGAGAUAUUGUAUCAUUUCUCAUGCAAAUACCAAAGCAGUGUGAUAACAGACGAAAGGCAUGAAGAUGAAAAGAGUAAAAAGAAGAAAAACAAAAACUUUGAAAACAAAACUUUUUGCGACAUGUUUUUUGAAUGAAAAUAAAAAGAAGAAAUUAAAAUUAAAAGAAAAAAAAAUUGACACGAAAUAAAAUGAGGAAAAAAA